AUGUACUGUACCAGCCGAGAACGGGCGACCAUGGACGAAGAUCUGCAAUGCAUUGAUUGCGAUUCGACGUUUGUCUUCACGGCAGGACAGCAACAUUAUUUUGAGCAGAAAGGAUUUACUCCACCUAAACGAUGCAAAGAAUGCCGUGGGAAGAAGAAGGAGCUCCAUAACAACAUCUCGGAGGGCUUUCGCAACAACCAUGUCACAAGGAUCCCGGAUGGGAUUGUCAAGUGCUCUUGGUGUGGCAACGCAGGCCACAGGGAACCAUAUUGUAACUGGAAGAAACAGGCAACUUGCAAGAUGUGCGGUACGAUUGGAUGGCCUUCUGGUGCAGGGUUUGCAAGCGGAAUUAGAACCAAUUGCGUCCGCAUGGCUUGUGAUUGUGAUCAGCGUAAAGGUGCCAACUGA